CUAUCCGGUUGCCAUAUAGUACAAGGCUUAACACUAUCCCUAUUCCUCUUCUGCCCGGUAUAAUCGUUUAGCCCGAAGAUUGUCCGUUCCCCGCUUGUCCGCUAGUCGUCCCCCGCGGAAUCCGGUUGUUCGGUUGCCACGCCUGCUCACACUUCCAGCCCCCCUUCUCCGGAGGUUGAAGGCAAUCCAGCCAUGGCCACUGUUAGCGCUGAUAUAGAUCGACUCCAAAGGAGGCUUGCCUCCGACGGCCAACGAAUCAAGCUUCCCUCCAGCAUACGGACGGAUCUAUCGCGCAUGACAAGAGCUCUCUACAGGUUGCAAGGCAUCCUGACUAAUGUGGAGAAGCAACCAUUUGACGGGAGCAGAGAACCCUGCUUGAGCAAGAUCAAACAGAAUAUUUACGAUGUGGAAGAUAUACUAGACGAGCUUGAAAAUGGAAGCUUCAGGGCCCAACGGAGCAGCAGGGGUUGGAAGCUAGCCGAGGCUUCAGAUCUCUGGUCACAGGUAGCAUUUUCCUUCUCAUCUAACCACUCAGUUCUGCAUUGUCGUAUGAUGAAUAAAAUGAAGAAGAUCAGAAAAAGUUUGGAUCAUGCAUCAGAAGACUCCUUCAUAUUCACCUUACUGCACCACAGAGCAGAUGCAGAUCAAUCAGAUCACAAUGUGUUUGAUGAAAAUGCAAUCAUUGGAAGAAAUAAGGAUAAGGAAAAUGUAAGAGUCUUGCUCUUGAGUAACAGUGAACAAAAAAUUUCUAUUAUUCCUAUAGUUGGUCUUGGGGGAUUGGGGAAAACAGCUCUUGCACAACUCAUUUUCAGUGACCAAGAUGAACGAUAUAAUUUUGACCUUCGUGUAUGGAUCAAUCUGAACAUGAGUUAUGAUUUUAACAGUAUUGCUAGUGCUAUAAUCUCAGAAGUUAACAUAACAGAGGAAGGUACCUCACAAGUUAAUGGGGGUGAAUAUAAUCCUCAGAUACUAAUGAAUUGUCUUCUAGAAGUACUUAAUGAUAAAAGAUGUCUGAUUGUGUUGGAUGGCCUAUGGAGCAUAGAUGAAGGGCAAUUACUUCAUCUCAAGAGAAUGCUACAGAGCACACAGAAUACCAAGAUUAUAGUGACUACUUGUAGUGAAAAUGUUGCAAAUCUGAUGCAUACUGUUCGUCCCUACAAAUUGGAUCCUUUAUCUGAAGAAAAUUGUUGGACAAUAUUUUCUCAAAGGGUAUUUGGUGGUGGAGAUAACUCAGACCUCACACGAAUUGGGAAGCAGAUCGUGAACAAGUGUGAAGGUAUACCGGGAGUUAUUCAUUCUCUUGGUGCAUUCAUGCACGAUAACGGAACGAGCACUUGGAAUUGGAAUGACAAAAAUGAAGAGCUGUGGAAAUUGGAGAAACAGUUUCCAUUGCAGAUCAACUUGUUCUCAUCAGUCAAACAGAUAUAUUACAAGAUGCCAUUGGCAUUGAAAUCGUGCCUCAGCUAUUUAUCGAUGUUUCCUAAAGGAUCCAAUAUUCGUAUGGAAAAUGUUAUUACACAGUGGGCUGCACUUGGCAUCCUUGGAUCAACACAUGGAUCAUUGCCUGUUUAUGCCCAGGGGAGGAAGUAUAUCCAGGAACUGCUUUCUGUGUUCUUCCUUGAAGCACAUGAUAAAUCCACAGAUUUUGGAAUUAAUCAUGCUAGUGCCUCAAAAGUCUUUAAAAUGCACAGUUUAGUUCAUGAGUUUGCCAGAUAUGUUACCAGUCAUGAUUUAUUUAUUCUGGAUGGUGAAAGGAUGCGUAACGAUAACCCAGGGAAUCGUACUUCUGGAUAUGCACUACUGACUAGGUGCAGUGAUAAAUCCAAAGUUAGCAGAGGUUUCCUGAAAAGUGUAAGGGCAAUAUGUCUGAAGGACUGCAGGGGAACAAAGCUUAUUGAGAAAAUAUUCUCUGCUUUAAAGCAUCUACGUGUGUUGGACCUUAGUAGAUGCUCAUUUCUGGAGUUACCUAGUUCUAUUUGCCAGUUAACCCAUCUAAGGUACAUUGAUAUUUCUUGUUCGGCUAUUCAAUCACUACCUGAUCAAAUGAGUUCUGUACAACACCUUGAAGCACUGGAUCUCUCGGGGACAUGUAUUCAAGUCCUACCUGAUUUUGUUAGAACAUUUAAGAAGCUAACAUAUCUUAACCUACAAGAAUGCUGGGAACUCCGUCACUUGCCCUCAAAGCUUGAUGAUAUUAAGAGUUUGCAGCAUCUUAACCUGUCAUGCUGUCCUGCAGCUCACCAGCUAGUUGAAUCAAUCAGUGGAUUUCAAGAACUUCGGUUUUUGGAUAUAUCAAGUUGCACAGAACUUCAAACAUUGCCAGAAUCCUUCGUCAGACUAACAAAUUUAGAGGACCUAAUCCUGUCCAAAUGCACCAGGCUCAAGAAGCUACCAGAAUCAUUUGGUGAUAAACUCUGUUUUCUUCGGUUCUUGAACAUAUCAUAUUGCUGUGAGCUAGAAGAAGUGCCUGCAUCUCUCGGAAGGCUUGCUAGUUUGGAGGUUCUUAUACUUUCAGGGUGCAACAGAAUUCAGAAUCUCCCUCAAUCAUUCAGUGACAUUGCAUUCUUACGGAUGCUAGACCUUUCAGGGUGUGCAGAUCUUCACAUGGACCUUGGAAUGCUACCAAAUAAUAAUUUGGAGAAUCUUAAUGUGGAUGGAUGUUGUAAGGUCUAUGCUAUGCCUGGGUGGACUGUGAACUUCCCUAAACUACUUCCUGAAUGUCUACAAACUUGUGACCAACAUGUUCGACGCUUAAUUGAACACAAGCAAGCAUGUCCCAAUCAUAGUGAAUUAGAGAUCAGCAAUGAACUAAAUGUGCUUGACGAAACUGGGGAAGCAAUGGCAAGUCAAUCAUUUCAACAUGCUGGUGACUCUGAAUGUACCACCAAGAAAGUCAUUGAGGACUCAUCUGCGCAUACAAGUCCUAAAAUUCCUCUGCAUGGCACUACCCCUACUGGAGUCCAGCUGAAAUCAGCUGGUUCGUUUUUUGGGGCUUCUACAAUUCGAUUUUCGAAAAUGUCUCGUUGUUUUAUGUGUACAACAGACUUGAAAAUGAAUAGUCAAGGUGAAGGUGAAGGAGAACACAUGGACAUGGUAAGAGUUUUUUCUUACAAUGAGCUGCAAACAGCCACACAUAAGUUUUCUGAGGCAAAUAAGAUUGGUGAAGGUUCUAUUGGUUCUGUUUUCAGGGGAAGGCUUAAAGAUGGAAUGGCUGUCGCAGUAAAGUUGCUCCAUGAUUCAAAGCAGGGCAGGCGAGAGUUUUUAGCUGAACUCACAGCAAUUUCUGGCAUUGUGCAUGAAAACCUAAUCACCUUAGUUGGAUGCUGUUGUGAAAGGUCCCAUAGAAUCCUUGUAUACAAUUAUCUUGAGAACAAAAGCCUUGCAGACAAACUGUUAGGAUCAAGCAGUAGCACCAUCCAACUCAGCUGGAGAGCUCGUGUAAAAAUUGCUAUAGGUGUUGCUCGUGGGCUUGCUUUUCUUCACGAAGAAAUCCGCCCCUCCAUAAUUCACCGGGACAUAAAAGCGAGCCAUAUUCUUCUUGACAAGGAUUUCACCCCAAAAGUUUCUGGUUUUGGGUUAACAAGGCUCCUCCCACCAAUUACAACUUCUAUGGCCACUCGAGUUGCAGGAACAAUAGGAUACAUGGCUCCUGAAUAUGCAAUCAGGGGACAAGUGACAAAGAAGGCGGAUAUCUUUAGUUUUGGUAUUGUGCUACUGGAGAUUGUUAGUGGCAAAUGUAAUCACGAUAGUAGAUUACCCCAGGAAGACCAAUUUCUGCUUAAAAGGACGUGGAGAUCCUCUGAGGAAGGAAAUCUGGUGGAAAUCAUAGAUAAAGAUUUAGGGGACGACCUCGAUGUUGAGGAGGCAUGCCGAUUCUUGAAUGUUGGUCUACUAUGUACUCAAAACGAGAUGGCGAGGCGUCCCAACAUGAGGAACAUCGUAAAGAUGCUGACUGGGGAGAAAGGAGUCUCCGUGGUCAAGGUGACAAGACCAAUAAUGCUGUGGUCUGACUUGCUGGAAUUAAAAACUUAGGCACCGAGCCGCCCGGUGCACACUCUUCCACGACAAAAUCCUUUGCCACGACCUAAAAAUUAACAUAACUAGAAAGAUUCUC